UCCUCUGCGGCGCUCUCUGGUGACGUCACUCCGCCUGCCAAUAGCUAGCAGGCGCGCCUGAUUCGGGCUUGUGUUGUUCGGUUCGUGGUCUGACAGCGGCUGGGAUGGCGGCACCUGCUGUCACCAUGGACACCCUGGAUGAGCUGCUGAAAGAGACCGAACAUCUUGCAAGACACAUGUCUACAUACCAGCAUGAAGUCCCCCCCGACCUGCUGACUACUGGCAUGCAAGGCAGUGAGGAAUUAUUACAACGUUGUGAAGAAAUUUGGGCACAGAUUGGGCAGUGCCAGAACCAGCUCAUGGUAAUGGAACCAGAAACUUUGCCUGAUUCUGAUGUGCAGCUAUUUCUUCUCAUGAUGAAAGCAAAGGCCCUCACAGUUGAGUACGAGCAGUGGCAAGGGACAUCACCCGAGAUAAUCUCCAACAACCAGGACGUUCUGCUCGCCGCUGGAAAAGAAGAGUUGCAAAAUGUUGAUCAGGACGUUGAGAUGAUGCUCUCGACAGUUCGGGCGGAGAACAAGAAACUGAAGAGUGAUUUGGAAAAAGAGCAACGCUGGUUGGCGGAACAGGAGGAAGUAUUGGAAGCACUGAAAGGAAAGCUGGAGGAAGUAAAAAAUCACGCCGAAAACAUUUCUGAGAAAAGAACAUUUCAGGAACUCAAAAGUAAACUUCAGAAAGUGAAAGCCUACAGGGAAGAACUGCUGUCUGCCUUUGGAGACUUCUUAGAGGAGCAUUUUCCUGUUCCUGAUGAGCUUGAAAGGAGUCUUAAGAAGAAAAAGGGUAUCUCUGCAGAGCCCGAGGUGCAGAGGAUACGUCUACACGCUAUUUUAGAGACUCUCAUCAACCAGCUCAUGAACACCCCCAACGAUCCCUAUAUUAUAGUUAAGGACGAGUACUGGCCUCCUUACAUUGAGUUGUUGCUCCGCUAUGGAAUUGCAUUGAGACAUCCAGCAGAUGCAAAUCGAAUACGCCUGGAGGCUUUUCACCAAUGAACAUUAUUAUUUUACAGACUUUCUUUUAAAAAUGCACUGCGCGCCUUCAUUUAUAUAUUUUACUACCAACUUUAUGUAGAAAAUGUUUUUUAUCGGAAAUAUUUUAACCUGUAGUUGCGACCGCAAUUUUUUUAAAUUCUGAAAUAAAUCUCAUCCUUUUAAAUUUUGGCUUGUAUGUCACAAGAAAUAGACAGGUAUGAGACUGGCCAGAGCAUGAUGUGAGGAUUUCAUUUUUGCGCUCUGUGCAGAACCGGUGUAUGUUGUUUACAACAAAUUCAACUUGGGACUCUCUUGAUGAUGUGCCUCGAGAUUCAGCACCCCCUUUCAGGGAAACAAGACUGAGGUGAUUUGUCCAUGCACUCUCUGUCCAUGAUUGAAACAGGUCUUGUUUCACUUAUAGAAGCCAUGCAGCCAAAAACCACAUUGCAGAAGUGCUGUAAAAUUAUGGUUUAUUGCACAGUAUUUGAUCUUGCAACAUACUGGUGCAUUUGAGCUCAGAGACAAAUGGGUGGCAGCACAGAUCUGGAGAAGGGUACAAAAAAGUUAUGCUCCACUGAAGUUUCCAAGAGCACAGCCGCCAUAAUUCUUGAGUGGAAGAAGUUUAGAACAACCAAGCCACUGCCUAAAGCUGUCUACCCCACCAAACUACGUAAUUGGGGGAGAAGGGGCCUAGUAAGAGAGGUGACCAAGAACCCAAUGGUAAAAACUUCCAGAAGGUCAACCAUGACUGCAGAAUUCCACCAGUGUGGGCUUUAUGGCAGAGUGGGCAGAAAGAAGCAUCUCCACAGUAAAAGACACAUAAGUUUGCAAAAAAGCACCUAAAGGACACUCAGAUGGUGAGAAACAAGACUUUCUAGUCUGAUUUUGGCCUCAGUUCUAAGCAUCAUGUUUUGAGGAAACCAGGCACUGCUCAUCACCUGCCCACAAACCAUCCCUACAGUGAAGCAUGAUGCUGGCAGUAUCAUGGUGUGCUACUGAGAGACUGGUCAGGGUUGAGGGAAAGGUUUAUGG